CCCAAGUUAAUACUCCACGCGAUCUCCAACGAAGUCGGUCCGAAGAUUUGGCUGAUUUGCCCGAGAUAGUCACCCGGUUCAUUAGGGGAUUUGGAAUUGGAAUUGAAAUUGAAAGUGCUUUGUUGUCUUCGACACUCGAUAUUCAGCUGGGUGUUGCCAGCGAAGGCCUUUUGCGAUUGCAUUCAGGGUUUAAUCGAUUCGAAAUAGCUGGCCCCACAAAAGCCAAUCAGCGGAUACAAUCCAACAUGAAAGUGAUACAACGCGUGCUCUUUGUCGGCUUCCUUUUAGUGGGAGUAGGAAUGGUGAUGUCUCAGGACUAUCAGGACUACCAAGAGAACACACCAAGGACGGCUCCACUUCGCCUGCGCGCAAAUUCCGCUCCUGCCCGCGCCGAAGCGCCACGGGCCGAUCCGGUGGCCAUUCUCAAGCAGAUUAACAAGCACAAUGAAGAUGGCUCUUACACUUAUGGCUACGAAGGUGCCGAUGGAUCUUUUAAGAUCGAGACCAAGUUGGCUACCGGGGAAGUCAAGGGCAAGUACGGAUAUGUUGAUGAGACCGGAAAGGUGAGAGUAGUGGAGUACGGAGCCAACAAGUACGGAUUCCAACCAUCGGGUGAAGGCAUUACAGUGGCACCACCCACGUUGGUGGAUGAAACUGCCAAGGAGGAACCAGAUUACGCAGAUGAGCCGGUACCACAGCGUCCUCAGAAACCCUAUCGUGUUCAGCGUCCCCAGCCACGCCCACAGCCACAGCCACGCCCCCAGCCUCAGCCUCAACCGCAGUAUGUGCAAUACGAAGAAGAGGAGGAGCCACCACGUCGAGUUCAGUAUGCCCCACCACCUCAGCCACAGCCUCAACCGCUGCCGCAACCACAACCGCACCACCAGCCUUCCGUGGGUCCUGCACCUCCAAGAAUCCAAGUUCCUGGCGCUCAGCGGACCACUGAUGUUUUGUACUCACCGCUGCAGCGUCCAGCUCGUCCGGAACCGGAUUACUCGCAAUCGCAGAGUUUUGGUGAUGGUCCUUCGAACGUGCGGAUUUCCCGACCCGUUUAUGCCCUUCCCCCUGCUUCACCUGCUCCGAGCAGUGCACGGGCUCAGGGAUUCCUGGCCCCCGCUUCCGGAGGACGUCCACUGCUGGAACCGGUGGGUUUCGGCCCAACACAGGGACCCAUCGCUCGUCCUGUGCAACAGCAGCCGAGUUACCAGCCACAGCCGCAACCACAGUCUCGUAGUGGUGGAGGCGGUGGCUCGGGAUUGCUGGAUCAGUUAGCCCGGGACUAUGCCCUGCCUCAGGGAAAUGCCCAACCCCUGCACGACAUCACCUUUGGCUACUACUGAGCUAGAGUUUGAGAGGUGGUUGCAGUCCCCAUCCUCCUAAAUAACCCAGAGAUUCCUUGCUUCUAGGUCCUAAUAGCACAGGUGUGCCCUGUCCCCGAGAUUUUCUAAGCGAUAAUAAAAAUUCCCUAUUAAUAAAUUAAAUGAUUUCCGGUAUAGAUUUUAUUACUUAUAAGUCAUUUGCGAAAUCUUGCAGAAAUGUGGCCUACUUUCGGGCUCUAAACUACUCAAAAUUUGAACAGAUAAAAAAGAUUCAUAAAAUAAAUUUUUUUAUCUUAUAAUCACAAUAAAUUUGUUUGAAAUAUA